AUGGGCGGCUUGGAUGCCGUCGCGCUGCGAACCGGACUGGCGCGAUGUGGAUUACAGGAUGCCCGCAACCUUUUGGUGGCCGUUUCAGGCGGGCCAGACAGGUGCGAAUGGGACGACGCGACGAGCAUGGCAACGUGUGCGAUGUGUUGGCUGAUCGGUCAUGCGCCCGCUUGCAUCUGUAGCAUGGCGUUGGUGCACGCACUGCAUCAGCAGCAGCCUGGCCGUGUCCGGGCACACCUGGUCGACCAUCGAUUGCGCCCGGAGAGCACAGAUGAAGCGCAUCAAGUGAUGUCUGAAUUACAGCGCCACAGCAUAGUCUGCGGCAUGUCAACCCUGCAAUGGGCGGCCGCUCCACGGAGCAACACGCAGGCGCUUGCCCGAACCGAGCGCUACAACGCGCUGGUUGCUGCGGCCCACCAGCACGGCUGUCAAGCCAUUUUGACGGCUCACCAUGCUGACGAUCAGGUUGAAACCAUACUGAUGCGCAUCUGCAACCUUUCUGGCUUGGUCGGUGCCCUGGGCAUCCGUGCACGAGCACAUUGGCGGUCAGAGCGGCACGGUCUUCAAGCGCCGCUAGCCCGGCCUUUGCUGCACCUCACCAAGGCUGACUUGGUCCAGUAUUGUCAAACCAACGACGUGCGAACCGUCAACGACUGCAGCAACGACAGCGACAAAUAUGAACGCAACCGCCUUCGGUUUGCACUUGCCGCGCGCCAGCAGCAGACACCUGACACACUCGGCGAGAUGUAUGCGUUGGCUGAAAAUUGGACCGUACUACGACUGGAGCUGGAGGGAGAGGCUCGGGAGCUGGCACAGUCUGCACUGCACCACGACGUGCACCCACAAAUAUGGUCCAUUGAAUCCAAACUCGUAGCGAGGGCGCCUCGCGCCGUGCAGAUUGUGCUGAUCACGGCCUGUUUGGUCGCCGUGAGCGGGGGUCGCCAACCGGACCCCAGACAAGUGGAGGCGCUGGUCAGUACACUCGAGCAGUCGCAGCCCGUGCGUGGCCAGGUCGGGGUCGUAUCGUUUGAACGUCAGGGCUCCAAUCACGCGCUCCACCUGUGGCGGUCGCCUUUACGGGCUGAUUUCGAGCCCCUGACCAUCCAGUCACCGACCCCAGCUGCCUGGUAUUGGGACGGGCGAUUUCGCUGUCACCCAGCCCUCCAGGCCACUGCAAGGCCAGAAAGUGCCUUUCGGCUCGUGCCAUUGACCGCGCGAUGGCAACAACAUCUAUCUCAGCAGGGCGCGUGGCACCACCUGAAGUCAGCUAUCCGUGCCUGCCCGCCGCAACUUCGCGGGAGUCAGCCCCUCCUGCUGAUGCAAACAAGUCCGCUGGACUCGGAAUGGAAACCAGCGGGACUUCCCACCCUGCACCCUCACGAGUUGCUGGCGGCUGAUUACGACCCUCCGCCCUUGCCCUGGCUCUGA